GCUCUAUGACGACGUACCUCGACUGGUGCCGGACGACAUUGUCUCCGAGGUCGAGUUCAAGGAGGUGGACCAGCCCACAUUUGAACCAGACCUGAUUCGCAAGAAUAGGGCGGGGGCCAAAAAGGCGUCCAAGCCUAAAAGGAACUCAGACCCCUUUCGAAACAUUCCAAAGGGAGCUUUGGAUGGCUUUGUCAAGGUCUCAGACCUGCGCAAGGGCAAAGGAAAAGGAGAAACCCUCGACCGGGGAUGCGGAGCCGCCAUCAAAAAUUGACGGGAUGAGCGACGACUCCGACGACGAGGCGCUCGCUAGAGGCCUCGACUUUGACGCGCUCAGGCGCAGUGAUGGCGGUAGCAAGGGCAAGGAGCGAGCAAGGGACGUCAGCUCCUCUUCUUCGUCGCCGGCCAUGUCAAAUCAGGGCAACGGCACUGCCUCCGAGCAGCGGCGGGGCCGCAGGCUCGGCGUCGGCCGAUAUCACGGUUCCACAGCGCUGAGCCCUGCUCCCGUCCGAGGCCAGCCCGCCGCAACGUUGGUUUUGGACUCCUCUCCCGCUGUCGCAGUGGAAUCGACAUUCGAUGGCGAGAACUAUAACACGUUUGAUGCUUCCUUUGCAAAGGGCCAGCGACCAAGACUCGAGCAGCGUCGGGAACCAUUGCGAGCCAUUGGCCAGCCACAAGGCACCCUUGACGACGAGCUGGACGACAGCCUCGAAUGGGCGGACCUUUCACGCGUGACUCAGGAUGCGUCCAGGACUGCUGCAGAACAGCAGCGCCAACCAGAGGGCUUGGAACGAGAGACCAGCCUGUCUCCCGUCUUGCUGAAGAAGAGGAACAGACCUCAUCCUCUCUUGGCUCGCUUGACAGGCGGAGCGAGAGCUUCAGGUAGCGAAGAGGACGAGAACAACGAAAACAGCGACAAUGACGACGACGGCCAUGAUGACGAGGGAAGCCGCAUUGGUGAAAUGCUACGAAAGGAUACCGGAGAUCCUGACGAGGCGCUGCAAGACACGUCGAUCCUGAGCAGCCAAGAUUCGUUCGUUGAAAGGAUGGCUAAGGGAAAGCAAAAGAGGACUCGGACCUGCGUCGUUGCUUCUUCGUCGCCGACAGGACAAGGCGCUGGUGAGAGCAGUACCAUGGGCCCGCCGUUGCAGCCUGCGUCGGUGCUUCGAAAUGGCGGGCCCAAGAACAAGGGCAAGAAGAGACACGCAUCAAGUGACGAAGGGGAAGAGAUGGUGAUGUCGUCACAAGAUGCCUCUCCCUCGAGAAAGCGUACGGCACGUCGCAAGUCCGACUCCAGAACUUUGAAUGCCAGUGAGAAAGACGGGGGCGAGGCCAAAAGGGGAAGGACAUUGGGGAAAGCAAGCACAGCAAAGGUCAAAGCCCGAGAGCAAAACGGUGCCAGGGAGAAAAAGAAGAAGCGGGUUGGUCGCUCGCCGACAAGCCGCUUCCUCUUCCAGCAUGAGGCCGAGCGCGACACGGACGAAGAGCAACAUGGCCAGCGCGACGAGGACGAUGAAGGCUUGGGAAGCGACAUGGCCGACAGCAGCGAUCUUGAGCAUGUGGGCGACUUUGAGCCGACGCAGGCUCCCAAGGGGUAUCACCAGAGCGCAGUUUACUUUCAGAGUCUCAAUUCGCAAACGGCGCCCAGCCCAUUCAGGAAGUCGGCAGGAGCACGUUACAUACCUGGAUUUGAGGUUAGGGCGCGCGUAGACAGCGCCGCCGUGAUGGGAGGAAGAGGCUCAACAACAGCAGGGAGAGGAGCGAGAGCGUCAGUGGGGCUGUCAAGACCGUCCGCGGCGGCAUCAUCCUCUGGGGGCCCACGGGGGUCGCAGACCGAUGACGAGUACGAACGGGGCAGCUUUGUCUGUUCGGACGAAGACGUCGAAUUUGAGACGGACGCUGAGGAGGAUGGGGAAGACCUUUGAAACGCAAAAUUUGUAUUGUAUGCAGAAGGGAGUAGAACCUUUCAAUCCAUCGCAUCCCUGAUAGCAUGAUUCAAUCUCUUCAUGGUGUGAAGUAGCAAGCCAGGUCAAGCUUUGACGAAGCGGGCGGCCGCACGUGGGAAGAGGGCCCCGUCGUGCUCCUCCUCUGGGCGCAGGAUCUCCGAGUGGCUCCAUCCACCAAGUUGGAGGAUGACAUCGGCAGAGUGCCGGU